AUGCAGCUGGGCAGUCUCGUUCUCGCAUUCUUCGUCUGCUCGAGUGCGGCGCUGUCGCCUCGGCACGCAAGACGAGAGGCAAACGCACCGACGCCAGAGGAAUUGCAGAAAGCCGCCGACAGGCAAUCGGAAAAGGUGCAGCAUGAUUACAAUGACGCCAUGGAUCGCUUGCGUCUGUACGCAAGGCCUCGCUGGCGAGACUAUCUAAACGAGGGCCAGGUUGACUCGGCUCUCGGACAACUGGCCAACACGUACGGCAUGGGCUGCGUCGGAGAGAAGGAAAGCACCACCAUGACCUGCAAGCCACGGCUGGAAACACCAAACGGCAGACAUUUGCAUCAGAUUUACAACCUAACCGUUACCGUCGAACUCUUGCUCAUGUAUUUUGCCGGAACUUCGAGUACCAUUUAUGCUUACUUUGGCGACAAAGACAUCGUCCAUGAUGAGGAUUUAAAGCAGCUUACUCCCAUCUUCUCAAACCCACAAAUGGGCGCCACCGAGACUGUUGAUAUACCGUUGGCCCAGGUGUUCGGCACAAAGUACAUUCAACUCGCCGACCUGAAACGCUUGAAGAUCGUGCAAUCCCCGGCUCAAAACGAUUGGUUCAAAAUCCAUAGCAUCAAGUUGAAGGCCAUUCAUGCGAGCUCUCGCAUGCCCUUGGUGAACAACCAAUACGAGUUUUUCCCAGGAGGGUUGCUCGGUUCCUAUAGGGAAGAAAAUGGCAAGCAGGCAAAAUACAACGUCGAGUGGUCGGGAGAGUUAAAUUGGGACAGCUGGCAGCAAACAUUUGACAGCAAACGCAUGGAUGAGGACUUGGAAAGACAAUCCGAGGCAGACGGUCGCGAGAGAACAUGGCUGGAGAAGCACGACAAGUACAUGUCUGACGUCAAACAUACUGGAUCGCCACGCUGGGAACACCUGAUACGAGAUGCCAAGCUCGAAAAGGCAAUCGAGGAACUGAGCUCCAAGUAUCGCAUCGACUGCGAUGGAACCGAUUCGGGCAUGGACUGCAAGCCGAAAGUCGAAUCCGCCGUGGUGGGUAGGAAUUGGCACCAGUUCACCAACAUGACAAUCGAUGCGACGAUUCAAAACUGGCCCACGGCGGGGACGGACAGCAAGAUUUAUGCCUACUUUGGCGACAAAGCCUUCAUCCACGAUGGGGACAUGGAUCAACUUGUCCCCCUCUUCGACGCCCCCAGCAUGGGCAAAACCGUUCGCGUCGAUGUCAAGGUACCCCUCGUUUUUGGGACCGACAAGCCUGACCUUCUGGCCCUUCGAACCUUCAAGAUCGUGCAGUCGCCGGCCGCCGACGACGAUUUCUCCAUCGGCGGCAUCACCUUUCGCGUCACCCAUGCCGCGUCUGGCAUGAAAAUGGUCAACACCCAGUACAACGUAUUUCCGGAUUGGCUCGGCACCGAGGUGAUGGAACACGGCAAGCAGGCGAAAUACAACAUCGAGUGGACCGGAGCCUUGGACUGGGACCAGUGGCAUACGAAGUUCGGUGGUGGUCGUAGCCAAGAAGAGUUCCAACGGGUCGAAGAUGCCCUCAACGAAGCCCAAUACCCGUGGCAGUGGGCGCCGUGGGACUCGAUGCGCAACAGAAUGCGUGAGAUUUCGCGCAAAUCCAAGGGUGCCGCUUGA